AUGGAGGCUAACCAAAGAAUUCUUAUAGAUCAAAUUGGCGCAGUUGGAGGGAAUUAUGGUAAUAGGCACAAUGUUGGAGUGGAUGUAAGGCAAGGAGCUGGUAGAGGAAGAUUUGGUGUCAAUUAUGGUGUGGGUAUAGAACCUAAGAAAAACCCUAACUUAGGUAGAGGUGGUGGCAAUAGGUAUAGUAAUGAUGAUGUUGAUCGAAACCUGGGUAGUAUCAAACUUAGGAUACCAACUUUGCAGAUUGAUGAGAUGCUUCAUAUUGCCAUCAAAGUGGAAAAACAACUUAAACAGAGAUGGCCAACAAAGAAUGACGUGAAGAGCAGUUAUAGUUCCAAACCGAAUUGGAAUAGCUCUUGGAAGGGAGGAGAAUGCAGUGAUGAUGGUAUUGAAAAGCUAAUGAGGGAUGAUCUUUUAGUUGCUAAGCGUACACUCAGCGCGCAAAUGAAAGAUGAUGAUGAUAUGCAACAGCAAAGGGAUAAUAUUUUUCAAACCAUGUGCUAUGUACAAGGUAGAUACACAGAUGAGAUGUUAUGUGAUGUAGUGCCAAUACAUGCAAGCCAUCUCUUAUUAGGUAGACCGUGGCAAUUUAAUAGGAAAGCUCAUCAUGGUAGCUUUCUUAAUAGAUAUGUCUUAGAAGUUCUUCGAAAGGAGAGGCUAUUUGCCAAUCUUAGAAAGUGUAGUUUUUAUUUAGAUCAAGUCAUUUUUCUUGGCUUUAUAGUUAGUUCUAAUAGUUUAGAGAUUUAUGAAGAAAAGGCUAAAGCUAUCAAUAAAUGGCCGACACCUCAUAAUAUUAGCCAAGUUAGAAGUUUUCAUGGUUUGGCUAGCUUUUAUAGGCGGUUCAUUAGGGACUUUAGUAGCUUAGCCGCACCAUUGAAUAAGAUAGUGAAAAAGAAUGUUGGGUUUCACUUAAGUGAUGCACAAGAACAUGCAAUUAAUUUACUUAAAGAUAAAUUGUGUAAUGCACCUUUAUUAAUUUUACCUAACUUUAAUAAGACCUUUGAAAUUGAGUGUGAUACUAGUGGCAUUGGAGUUGGGGCUAUUUUGAUGCAAGAAGGAAGACCUAUAUGUUACUUCAGUGAGAAAUCAAAUGGGGCAACACUGAGGUAUCCAACAUAUGAUAAGGAGCUAUAUGCAUUGAUUUGUGCAUGCAAGCUUGGCAAUAUUAUUUGCGGCCUGAAGAGUUUAUAA